AUGAGAUUCACCUUGAUCGUCCUCUCAGCCUCGCUCGCAGCGAUUGCCAGCGCGGCGCCAGCCCCCGCAGCACCGCCGGCCGGUCUGCUGAGCGCGGUCAGGAAGCUCUCAACCAAGAAGGUUCAGCCAAGAACAGAAGAGCAAGGGACUUCCAUCCCUAUUAUUGACAUCGAGGAGCGCGAGGCGUACACCGCCGUCCACCCAGACCCAAAACCAAAUACCAGAAAGACAACCCCUAAGACCCAGAAACGCAGCACCGACGCCGGCUUCGUCCUCUGCAUCGACGGCGAUUUCAAGAGAUGCGAAUGGAUGCCGCUCGUCGAUGCCAAGUGCACUAACGUGCCGGCCCAUCUUAACGACAAGAUUUCCAGCGUCAGGCCCGAUGACAAAAAUAUUGGACUGGAUAAGCAGUGGAUUAAGGGUGGCUAA